CGGGAUGGCUGAGUGCAGCGUAUGUCGUUCAAGGUUGGCUUCUCCCAGUAGCAGAGCUAUAUCAAGGGCUUAUGAUAAACACAAGAUUAGAGUCUCUUCUAAACAAAAAGCCCUCAAUGUCCUUUUGGUAGUCGGUGACUGCAUGCUAGUUGGUCUACAGCCUGUCUUAGUGUAUAUGUGUAAAGUGGAUGGAAAGUUCAACUUUAGUCCGAUUAGCGUCAACUUCUUGACAGAAAUCGCAAAAGUUAUUUUUGCCAUUGUCAUGCUAUUAUUCCAGGCACCAAAAAGUUGGAGAGAAGCCUCUACUAUCUCUUUCUACGUUUGUCCAGGUACAUCAUCUUGGCAAUUAAGCUAUUUGGAAGCAGCUCGGAACAAUGUGCUUCUCGCUGUUCCAGCAGGGCUGUAUGCCAUUAAUAACUACCUUAAGUUCACAAUGCAGCUAUAUUUCAAUCCUGCUACUGUGAAGAUGCUCAGCAAUCUAAAGGUUCUGUGGGAAGCACUUGCGCUCUUGCUGAUAGGGAUUAGUGUAAAUCAGCUGCGUUCUCUUCCUGAAGGUGCUACUACUGUGGCUGUUCCAAUUGCUACGGGUGCAUACAUAUGCACCUUUAUCUUUGUUACUAUCCCAUCUUUGGCAUCCGUCUACAACGAGUAUGCUCUAAAGAGCCAGUACGACACAAGCAUUUAUCUUCAGGUUUUAGCUCAGUCUAGAAUUCGUUAG